AACUGCUAAUGUUCAAUAUUGCGAUGGAAUUACGUGUGUUUUUACGAUUUGCUUAUAAAAUGAAUUAUUACUAUAAUAAACAAUGAAAUCAAAGCUAUCAACAUGCGCUGUUUCUAAUGUUUUAUCAAUGACUAUACGUUGCCUUAGCCACAUUAGUCAUGUUAUUUAUAGGUAGGCCUACGCAAAGUGAAACUAUGAAGUGCGAUUGGAAAACACAAGGAGAAAUGAAACUUCUGUUGAAUCGUUGUAGAACUGUAAUUAUUUUUUCUAGUGUGGUAUGCACUUUUGCAGUUGUUAUAUCACUACAUAAAAUUUUAAGCCACGAUGUUAAAUUUAUUAAGCCUUUUUCUCCAUUGCCAGCUGGCUUGUACGGUAACUACUUAGAACCUUUCGUUGGGGAGCCCCCACCUUCCACCCCUAAAAGCUAUGAUAAAGCAAGGGAUUCCGAAGCUGUCGGAUCCUUGAACGCGGCACUAGAUAUGAAAAAACAUGGCAAAUCAGAUAAGGCAUUAAAAUUAUUUCAACAUGCAUUUGCACUUUCACCAAAACACCCAGACAUCCUCAAUCACUAUGGUGAGUUUUUAGAAGACACAAAGCAAGAUGUGGUCAAAGCUGAUCAAUUGUAUACACUGGCAUUAAGCAAUUUUCCUGAUCAUAGAGGAGCAUUAUCAAACCGACAACGAACAGCAAGUAUAGUAGAAAACCUAGACCGAGAAAUGUUACGAAAGAUUGAUGAAAAAAGAGAUGCAUUACUAUCAAUACCAGAAAAUGAUGCUGCUUUGCGCCGAGCAAAGAAAGAAGCUUAUUUUCAACAUAUAUAUCAUACCGUAGGCAUAGAAGGGAAUACAAUGACUUUGUCUCAAACAAGAAGUAUUUUGGAAACACGAAUAGCAGUGGCUGGAAAAAGUAUUGAUGAACAUAAUGAGAUCUUAGGAUUGGAUGCAGCAAUGAAAUAUAUAAAUUCAACUUUGCUCUAUCGUGUGCGAGAUAUAACUAUGGGAGAUAUUCUAGAGAUACAUAAAAGAGUAUUAGGGCAUGUGGACCCCAUUGAAGGUGGUCAUUUCAGAAGAACACAGGUAUAUGUCGGAGGACAUAUUCCUCCAGGACCAUCUGAGAUCCAAAAAUUAAUGACUCAGUUCUUAGAAUGGCUUAAUUCAGAAGAUGCUAUGGAACUGCAUCCAGUGAGAUAUGCAGCAUUAGCUCACUACAAACUUGUACACAUUCAUCCAUUUAUAGAUGGCAAUGGACGGACAUCCCGACUUCUUAUGAAUCUGCUACUUAUGCAAGCUGGUUACCCACCCGUGAUCAUUGCUAAGCAACACCGUCAUAUGUAUUACCAGCAUUUACAGACGGCUAAUGAAGGAGAUGUUAGACCAUUUGUUAGAUUUAUAGCUCAAUGCACAGAACGGACACUAAAUUUGUAUUUGUGGGCGACAAGUGAAUAUAGCCACAUGGUACCUGCUAUUGGAGAACCGCAUAUUCUGACUGGUGAAGGUUUUGACGAUCUUUUAUAAUAUAGUAAAUCCUCUGUCCUAUACAGACAUGUAAGGAACUAGUCAGUAGUAACAAAUGAGAUGGGUUUUGAAAUUAUAAGUUUUUAGAUCACAAUGGUGCUAUUCUGAUGUACAACUCUAAAAUAAAUUUAAAAGUCUAAUGUAGCUGAUGAUACACAUAUUUUCAUUAACUACUUACAUACAUAUUUAGGGCAACUAAUUAUAAAUGAAUAUUUUAUCAAUAAAUUAUUAAUAAACCCAUAUUCCAAUAGUUAUCUCAAGUUACAGCAAACUUCAAGUAAAUUAAAAAAAGGUACAUAGCAGACAGUUCUAUUAAAUUCAAAGAAUCCCGUUUUUGAGAGGACUCAACAAAUUUUAGACUAUAUGUACUUUAGAAAUAUUAUUAAAAAUGUACCAAAAAGACAAUUCUUAUGUUACCUAUUCUUCAUUGUAGUACAUCAUAGUACAAUAUUUCUUAAAACAGUUUCGAGCCUUGGAAAUAAGUCCAUAGAGAAAAAUGGUUUAAGCAUUUAAAAAUUUAGUCUAAGUUUUUUUUAAUGCCAAGAUAUUUGAGAAAAUUUUAGUUUUAUUGUUAAAUGGCAGAAUUGUCACUCAAAUUACUGAAAAAUGUAUAUUUCAUGCCAUGUAUUUACAUUUUAAAUAAAAUAUUAGGAAAAUUGUAUGUAUUAGAUAAGAUUGAUAGGUAUGCAACGCACAGUAUUAAAAUAACUCAUACGAGUUUCACAUAAAAAUACCUAGUAUAUUUUCCAAUUUGUGUUAAAAUGCCUUCCAAACUCUUUUCCAUAAUAUAUAUCAUGUAUGCUACAUAUAUAAAUACGACCCUAAAAAUAUUAUUGUAAAUAUGUAAAUAUGAUUGUCAAACCCUAUUUAUUUUUAAUUCCUGUGAUAUUCUUUGUUUAGUCAGUCGAAUAUUAUUAUAAAUUUUAAACUCACAUUUGAAUUUAUUUUUUUAUCACUUCAUGCGUGUCUUCCACGAUUGUAAGUUCCUUAAUAGUAUUGUAUGGUUGAACACUAUUCAGUACAAACUCCGUGUCUUAAUAAAUUAUUCAAGCAGA